AUGAUCGGCCCGGCGGUUUUAAGUGUACCUGGUGCGAAGCGACUUACUCGAAGGCAAGAGAAUGGAGAGACUGUGAAGCAAGCCACAAAUUGGCACGUGCCAAGUCGGACUUUCACUGGGUGUGUUCGGAAACAACACCUACUGGGAGACCGUGUCACCGAGGCUUUAGGACUAAAGAAGUUCACGAAUUCGAGGUUCAUUUGUCAAUUCACCACGAAAACCUAUCGGACGAUCAAGUGCACAUCCUUCUCUUAA